CAGCGUAAAGUUUGACUUCUAAGUUCUAUUGGUUCCCAGUUUCCCACAACCUUAAGUUGCCAAGCCUUGCAAGCACAAGACAGCUAUGUUUUUCUACAAUACAGUGAUAAAAAUCAGGCCUUAUGAUGAAGACUCGCAAUAUGCGUUAACCGUUGAGGUUUCCCCGUUUGGUAUUGCUAAAUAUCAAAGUGAUCUGCAAUCCCAAGAUAACCAGAGCUCCUGAUCUAUAUUUGAUCAGGAAUCAACUUCCCAUCUCUUUCUCUGUCCACCUUUGUCAAAAGAAUAAAGAAACAGUAUGGGCAAUCCAAUGCCAUUUUUUGUCACCGUUUUCAUUCUCUUAGUGCUUAAUGGCCAUGGACUGAUGACUACAAAAGUUGAAGCCAAGAGCAAUGUUCAUAUUGUUUACCUGGGAGAAAGGCAGCUUGAUGAUCCUAAGCUGGUGACAGAUUCUCAUCAUGACUUGCUUGCUACAGUAGUAGGGAGUAAGGAAGUUGCCUCAGAUUUGAUGGUUUACAGCUACAGACAUGGCUUCUCCGGGUUUGCAGCCAAGCUUACAGAGUCUCAGGCACAAAAACUUUCAGAGUUGCCUGGUGUUGUUCGAGUAAUACCAAAUAGCCUUCACAGGCUGCAGACAACUAGAAGUUGGGACUUCCUUGGCCUCUCUUCUCAUUAUCCUACCAAUAUUCUUCAAAAUAGCAAAAUGGGCGAUGGAGUUAUCAUCGGUGUCUUUGAUACAGGAAUAUGGCCAGAGUCUAAAGCUUUUAGUGAUGAAGGACUUGGACCAAUUCCAUCGCGUUGGAAGGGAGUCUGUAAAUCUGGGGACCAUUUCAAUGCAGCAACUCACUGCAAUAGAAAAAUUAUAGGAGCUCGUUGGUUCAUUGACGGAUUUCUUGCUGAGUAUGGACAGCCAUUUAACACAUCUGAAGACCCAGAGUACUUUUCACCGAGAGAUGCUAAUGGACAUGGAACACAUACAUCCAGCACAGCAGGUGGUUCUUAUGUAAGAAAUGUUAGCUACAGAGGCCUUGGCCCCGGGACAGUAAGAGGUGGCGCACCACAUGCUCGGUUGGCUAUAUAUAAAGUCUGCUGGAAUGUGCUUGGUGGACAAUGUGCAUCAGCUGAUAUCCUAAAAGCCUUUGAUGAAGCAAUACAUGAUGGAGUUGACGUCUUAUCACUGUCAAUUGGGUAUUCAUUGCCUCUAUUUUCAGAUGUUGAUGAACGAGAUGGGAUUGCUACAGGUUCCUUCCAUGCCGUUGCCAGGGGCAUCACUGUUGUUUGUGGAGCUGCAAACGAUGGGCCUUCAGCUCAAACAGUGCAGAACACAGCACCAUGGAUAGUAACCGUUGCAGCAAGUACCAUGGAUCGAGCUUUCCCUACACCCAUAACGCUCGGGAACAAUAAAACCUUUUUGGGUCAAGCCAUUUUUACAGGAAAGGAGAAUGGCUUUACUGGCUUGACAUACCCAGAGGGUACAGGGCUUGACCCUACUUCUGCAGGUGCAUGCCAAGAUCUAUUACUUAAUUCAACGUUGGUCGCUGGAAAAGUUGUACUUUGCUUUGCCUCAGUCGCUCGUAGAGUUGCCAUAAGAAGUGCUGCAGCAACUUUACAAGAAGCAGGGGGGACAGGGCUGAUUAUUGCCAAAAAUCCGAGUGACGCCUUGACUGAAUGCAGCAAUGACUUUCCAUGCAUUGAAGUUGACUAUGAAAUUGGCACCCGAAUACUCUAUUACAUCCGAUCUGCCAAGUACCUUCAUUUUCCUAUUUCUAUAGUUACUACUAUUUCUAGACUCCUUUGUAAUCCUUGGUUCGUGGUUCUCAAAAUUUAUCUACACAGGUCCCCUACAGUGAAAUUGAGCCCUUCCAAAACACUUGUAGGCAAGCCUGUGUCAGCCAAGGUGGCCUUCUUCUCAUCAAGGGGGCCUAGCUCCAUUGCACCAGAAAUUCUCAAGCCAGACAUAACUGCACCUGGAGUGAACAUACUAGCUGCUAUUUCUCAGCUGAAUCAGUUGAGGGAUGAUGGAUAUGCCAUACGCUCAGGAACUUCAAUGGCAACUCCUCAUGUCUCAGGCAUUGUGGCACUUCUCAAAGCAAUACAUCCUGAUUGGUCUCCUGCAGCUAUUAAAUCUGCACUAGUUACAACUGCAUGGACGAAAGAUGCAUCUGGUUUACCACUCUUUGCUGAGGGAUCUCCCCAAAAACUAGCUAAUCCAUUUGAUUUUGGAGGUGGCAUUGUAAAUCCAAAUGGGGCAGCAGAUCCUGGCCUGGUAUAUGACAUGGGCACAUCAGACUACAUCCAAUACCUCUGUGCUAUGGGUUAUAAUGACUCUGCCAUCAGUCGACUUACAGGGCAAUCUACAGUGUGCCCGAUCAAAAAACCUUCCAUUUUGGAUGUAAAUGUACCAUCCAUAACCAUUUCAAGUCUUAGAAAUUCAGCCACUCUUACCAGAACUGUAACAAAUGUGGGAGCGCCUAUAUCUGUUUAUAGAGCUGUAAUUGAGCCCCCAACUGGCAUAACCGUAACGGUAAGGCCUAACGUCUUAGUCUUCAACUCCACAACCAAGAAGAUCUCCUUCAGCGUCACAGUCUCUGCAGCCCACCAGGUGAAUACAGGAUAUUUCUUUGGAAGCCUGACUUGGACCAAUGAACGGCACGCUGUGAGAAUCCCCUUGUCUGUGAAAACACAGUUUUUACAAUCUUAUGCUGAUGAUAAUUAAUUAUUGUCGUAUUGGCUUAUUCCAAAAGAAUGUACACUUCCAAGUUAUAGCUAACUCAAUCCACAGAUGAGUUUUAAGUUAACUUGAUAUGUUCAUUUUUGUUUAAGUUUGUAAAGAUUUAAGAUCAUGAUAUGGUUCUCAGC